AACAGAUGUUACCAUUGAAGCACAAUGACGAUGUGUGUCGGUCGGAAUUCUCUAUUAAAGGGAAGAUUUCAAGUUGGUGGAGGGCUAUCUUCUCUGACGCCACAUCCAGAAAUCUCUUCAUGUUUCUUGUCUUGAAUCUGUCCUUCGCUUUUGUGGAGUUAUCAUACGGAGUAUGGACCAACAGCCUUGGUCUGAUUUCGGACUCCUUCCACAUGUUCUUCGAUUGCACAGCACUACUAGCCGGUCUCACUGCUACCGUCAUAUCAAAGUGGAGGGCAACACCACAGUUUUCAUAUGGCUAUGUGAGGGCGGAGAUCCUGGCAGGUUUCAUCAACGCUUUAUUUUUACUCUUCAUCGCAUUCUUUAUAUUCUCCGAGGCAGUUGAGAGAGCCUUGGAGCCUCCUGAAGUGAGACACGAACGAUUGUUUGUCGUUUCCGUUCUGGGAUUAUUUGUUAAUUUAGUCGGUAUAUUUGCCUUCCAACAUGGUCAUGGACAUUCCCAUGGAGGUCAUGACCAUGGUUCAUCUAAUGGUAGUGCUGGACAUGGUCAUAGUCAUGGGCACGGCCAUUCGCACGGUCUCGGUUUAGAGUACAAGGAUGAUGAUGAACAUCAGCACACACCACAAGGUUCUCAAACAGAAAUCAUGCAUGGCGUGUUUCUACACAUUCUAGCAGACACACUUGGCAGUGUAGGAGUCAUUGUCUCUGCAGUAUUAAUGCAUUUCUUUGGAUGGUUGAUUGUUGACCCAAUCUGCUCUAUGUUCAUUGCUCUACUAAUUAUGCUCAGUGUCUUGCCAUUAUUACGUGAUUCCGUUUUUAUUCUGAUGAUGAGAACGCCAUAUUCUCUUGAGAAGGCGUUACCGGGUUGUUACAGCAGGGUCACAGCCCUGGAAGGUGUGUAUAGUAUUCAUGAACCACACUUUUGGACUCUGUGCACUGAUGUUUACGUCGGUACCCUGAAGUUGGAGGUGUCACCAAACGCAGAUGUUAAAUACAUAACGAGUCAAACGCAUAAUAUCUUUACCCAGGUUAGCGUCAGGCAGCUCUACGUACAGGUUGAUCAAGCAGCUAUAUAAACAUCCAUCAUCGUGUCAUGCUCUGGCAGUGGCUUUAAGAUGACAAGGUGCUGUCUUAAGAUGUCAUCUCAUCCUUAAGAAGGUGGAUCAGAAUGAACUACUGUAUGUUUAAGGGUUUUGGUACUUUUUGUACAAAACACAACACAACACCCACAGAUUUCCAUUAAACUUACAUGGUUUAUGAUGGU